AUUUGCACAGUGCUGGUCUCGUUCACCGAGAUUUGAAGCCUGUAAAUAUUGCAGUGAAUGAAGAUUGUGAGUUAAAAAUUCUGGACUUUGGUCUGGCUCGACGCAAGGAUGAAGAAAUGACAGGCUAUGUGACCACACGCUGGUAUCGUGCGCCGGAAAUCAUGCUCAACUGGAUGCAUUACAACGAAUCCGUGGAUAUCUGGUCCACCGCAUGCAUUAUGGUCGAACUUCGCACUCGGCAGCCUCUAUUCACCGGGAAAAAUUAUAUUGAUCAGAUCAAAAUGAUCAUGCGUGUUCUGGGUAAACCAGAUGAGGAAUGCGUGCAAAAAAUCACCAGUCAAAACGCGCGUGAUUUUGUGACUUCGAUUGCGAUUGAAGAACCCCAAGACUUGUGUACCUACUUCUCCGGUUUCUCACCAGAUGGUAAGUUCCUACCUCGGUUAGCCUUACCCACACAUUAA